AUGGCACAGUGGUCGAUAGGUGUUGCCGUAGUCGCGGAGCCCUAUUCUGUCCCUCCCCGUCCAAACUGGAUGGGUGACUGGGACGGCUCCGUGGCAGUCGUCGGUUCCACGACGGCUCAUUCCCCGCCCUUGUCGCUAAGAGACAAGGGCACUGGAUAUGUUGCCGUCGAGUGGGGGGGGAUCACCAUAUAUGGUGUCUAUUUCUCCCCCAACCGGAGUUUGAACGACUUCGAGGUUUUCCUGACCAACUUGGAGACCUCGAUACGGCGACUAGCGUCUGGGCACGUCCUUGUGCUGGGGGACUUCAACGCAAAGUCCAUUGCGUGGGGUUCCCCCAGGACGGACGCCAGGGGCGAGGCCGUAGAGGAGUGGGCGGCCUCGGUGGGCCUCUGUCUUCUCAACAGAGGCUCCACCAACACGUGCGUGCGACAGCAGGGGGGGUCGAUAGUGGACCUUUCGUUCGCUACCCCUGUCCUCGCCGCACGAGUAAGGAACUGGUGUGUCCUGGAAGAGGUUGAGACGCUCUCGGAUCACCUGUAUAUCCGAUUUGAGCUCUCCCGGACCCAGGACUCCAGUAGGGGUCACGUGGCGCGGCGUUUAUCCCGCUUUCCGCGGUGGGCUGUUGCCAGGCUGAACCGGGACCUACUAGAGGAGGCAGCCAUAAUUCACUCGUGGCUGUCUCCUCAGGCUCCGACCGAGGAGGUCGACGUGGGGGCUGGCCGCUUUCGCGAUGCGAUUACGCAUGUAUGCGAUGCGGCCAUGCCCCGCGUUCGAGGUCGUCGGCCUCCAAGGAAGGAGGUCUACUGGUGGUCCCAGGAGCUGGCGGACCUCCGUGCGGCCUGUACACGUGCCCGGAGGUCCUACACGCGCAGUCGGCGGCGUCACCGUGGAGACGGUGAGGAGGACCGGCUUCAUGAGGAGUACCGACGGGCGCGGAAAACUCUGAAGCUGGCCAUUAGCCGCGCCAAAGAGGAAAAAAGACAGGAGAUGCUGGAGGGUCUUAAUCGUGACCCCUGGGGUCGCCCUUACCGCGCGGUGCGACAAAAGCUCCGCGCGUCGGGCCCCCCCCUUACGGAGACUCUCCAGCCCAGCUUCCUGCGAGAAGUGGUUGAGGGCCUUUUCCCACAACGGGCGGAACACACUCCCCCGUCGAUGGCCUCCCUGGCCGGAGACGACGGGGAGCACGGGGAGGACAAUGUUCCGCCCGUCCGGGAAUCGGAGGUAGGGGCGGCUGUUCUACGGAUCCGUUCCAAGAACACCGCCCCUGGGCCAGACGGGGUACCGGCCCGAGUGCUGGCCCUCGCCCUCAACCACAUGGCAGACCGCCUCGGGGAGGUGUUCGACGCUAGCUUGGCGUCGGGACGCUUCCCUGAGUGCUGGAAGAGCGGGAAGCUGGUCCUAUUGACGAAGCCGGGACGGCCUGCCGAUUCGGUCGCGGCCUAUAGGCCCAUCGUGCUGCUGGACGAGGCGGGCAAAUUGUUUGAGAGGGUUCUUUCUGCCCGCAUCGUCCGGCACCUCUGCGAGGUGGGCCCCGAUCUGUCGGACGCCCAAUUUGGUUUUCGGGCGGGGCGUUCGACGGUCGACGCCGUGUUGCGCCUGAGGGCCGUGACCGAAGAGGCCGUGAGCUGUGGCGGCGUGCUGUUGGCGGUGUCAUUGGACAUCGCCAACGCAUUCAAUAGUCUGCCAUUCAGCUGCAUCAGGGAAGCACUCCACUAUCAUGGGGUGCCAAAGUACCUGAGGCGGCUGGUGGCAGACUAUUUAGAGGAGCGUACCGUCGUGUACGAGGACCGAGAAGGUAAUCUGAGGUGUCGGCCCAUGUCGUGCGGUGUUCCACAGGGGUCUGUUCUUGGACCCCUCUUGUGGAACAUAGGGUACGACUGGGCCCUUCGCGCCGAUUUCCCCCCCGGGCUGGGUGUAAUCUGUUACGCAGACGAUACCCUCGUGACAGCCCGGGGGGCAAACUUCCAAGAGGCGGCGCGCCUGGCCACAAGGGGAGUCUCCCUGGUGGUCGGGCGCAUUGAGGCGCUGGGCUUACGGGUGGCCCUAGAUAAGACGGAGGCCCUGUUAUUCCAUGGGCCCCGUCGUGGUCCACCCCCUGGCGCCUCCAUCGUGGUCAACUCGGUCCUCGUACCGGUUCGGGCCCAGAUGAAAUAUCUGGGCCUGAUCCUCGACGGUAGGUGGCUCUUCGACGAGCACUUCCGACAGCUUGCUCCAAAGCUGGUCGGCGCUGCGUCUGCCCUAGGGCGACUUCUGCCCAAUAUGGGUGGACCCAGCGUCGCGACAAGACGGCUGUACACGGGGGUUGUCCGGUCAAUGGCACUGUACGGUGCACCGGUGUGGGCGGCGGCUCUGACCGCCCAGAAUAGGGUACGCCUCUGGCGCCCUCAGAGGGUAAUGGCGGUCAGAGCCAUACGCGGUUACCGCACCGUUUCGACGGAGGUGGCAUGCGCGUUGGCCGGAACUCCCCCGUGGGAUUUGGAGGCGGAAGUGCUCGCCGAAGUUUAUCGGCGAGUGGCUGACUUCCGGGCGGAGAGCGGAUUUCGCCCUCCGCCCGAGGAUGUGCGCGAGUGGCGCGAAGCCGCUCGCCGAGCCACGAUGGCUCGUUGGUCGUUCCGGCUGGAGACUCCACGCGCUGGCUUCGCCGCCGUGGAGGCUCUCCAGCCGGUCAUCGCCGAGUGGGCAGGGCGGCAGCACGGGACCCUUUCCUUCCGGCUGACGCAGGUGCUUUCCGGGCACGGUUGCUUCGGAAAGUACCUGCACACGGUCGCAAGGAGGGAACUGAGUCCCGCCUGCCACCACUGCGACUGCAGUGAGGACUCGGCCCAGCACACGCUGGCGGUCUGCCCCGCAUGGGCAGCGCAGCGCCGGGCCCUCACUGCAGUCAUCGGAGUGGAUCUCUCGCUACCGGCCGUAGUACGCUCCAUGGCCGGUAGCGACAGUUGUUUUACCGCGGUCGCUACCUUCUGCGAGGUAGUAAUCUCGCGGAAGGAGGCGGCGGAGAGGGCCCGGGAGGACGACCUCCACUCGGACCCGAUCCGCCGCCGGCGAACCGGGCGGCGGAGGCCCGCCUACCACAGCCUCAUGCCGCCCUGA